UCGUUUUUAUUUUCUUUGUUGCCAAACAAACAGUUUUUGAAAGAAAAAUAAGAAGCUGUGUACUUACCUAAACAGUUUCACCUUUCCAUUUUUUGGUAUUCUGUUUCUCUCCGAGUCGUGUCCGUCUUUGAUGCAACAGUCCAAAUCCAUAGACGGCAAGCCAAAUCCAUUGAAUUGAGCUCUUUAGGGCUUUCCCUUUCAUAGUAAAAUCAGCAGACGUCAGUGCUCCCGGCCGCAAUUCUUCCCUAUAUUGUUUCACCCGACAAACAGUGACGUUUCUGUAUGGGGAUUUGUACGGACGAAACCGAGUUUCGAGGGUUGUGGUUCUGAUUUAUUUUUAGGUUUUGGGGGAUUUUUGAGUCGGUUUGGAUCCACUGGAAGCUUCCUGUUGAGAAUCUGAUCCUUAACUUUGUGUCCGGUUCGUUCUAGAUUGAGUGUGGCGGUUUAGCCGAGCUGUAUUCACUCUCACUCUUCUAGGGUUACCUUUUUUUGUCCUGAAGCCUUAUCGUUUAUGUUAGUUUCUAAAUUCAACUCAGUAUUUGGUCGUGUUAGUGUUUCAUUCUUAAUUGUUUAUUUUUCGUCUGUGGGUGUGAUAUCAAAAGUGAAUUAACUUUCUGGCUACUGCAGGGUUUUGUACUUUCUUUGCCAAUAAAGUUUGGCUCUGUCGUGAAGUGGGCUCGUGUGUUUGAUACGGGUAUUUGUUAGUAUUUAUAGAAAAUGAAAGGUGGACUCAUGAAAAUCACCGAGAGUCUUGAUAUAGUUGUGGGGAGAGAUGGUAAAGAUAUAAGAGUUUUCAUAAGCGUCUGCAACUUUUGCGAACUCUAGCGGUUUAAAAUUUUAUUUUCAGUGAUUUUGACCAGAAAAUGGAACAACCCUUCUCGUCUAAAGAAAGGGAAAAUGACUAUUGGUCAUCUUCAAGGGCGCAGGUGGAGAGUUUGCCAUCGUCUGAUGGUGUCCCCAGGGGUAUGCUACCUGAGGAUGUGUUUAAUAGUUUCUCAGAGCUUCUGAGUUUUGAUACUUAUGUUGGAUGGUCCAACAAUCCUACAGUGACAGAUCAGGUCUCUGCCACUUAUGGAUUGUCUUCAUUUCCAUCAACUAUAUAUACGCCUCAGGAUGGCUCAGACUUUAUUGAACAGGAUGUCGAGGCACGGUCUGUCACUGAAGUUGGAGGAAAUCUCAACUUACCAAGAAGUUCCUUCGAUUAUGGUGAAAAGGUUGUAUUUCAGCCAGAAGAUACUCAGUUCGAGGCGUCAGCACAUUCCAAUAACGGUAGUGAUUCAGUUGCUAAACAAAAUAAUGGUUUCUUUCAAGAGAACAGUGAGAUGGAUAUGGCGAAUUCAACUAUCCAGAGGCCAGCUAGAUUUUCACUUGAUGAAAAGAUGCUGAAAGCACUAUCCUUUGUCAAAGAGACUUCUGGUGGGGGCAUUUUGGCACAAGUCUGGGUUCCUGUGAGACGUGGUGACCAGUUAAUCUUGAGCACUUCUGAGCAGCCGUACUUGCUUGAUCAUAUGAUGGUUGGGUACCGUGAAGUGUCAAGGAUGUAUACAUUCUCUGCAGAAGGGAAGCCAGGUUGUUUUCCUGGGCUUCCUGGUCGUGUUUUCCAGUCCAAAAUCCCAGAGUGGACCUCGGAUGUUGGUUAUUACAAGAAAAAUGAGUAUGUAAGGGUGGAACAUGCAUAUGAUCAUCAUGUCCGUGGUUGUAUUGCCCUACCAGUUUGUGAACCUGAUCUUCGAAUGACAUGCUGUGCUGUAUUGGAAAUCGUCACUACAAGAGAGAAACAGAAUUUCGAUGCUGAGAUUGAAAUUGUUUCGAAUGCCCUCCAGGCUGUUGAUUUGAGGAUGAAUCAACCUCCUCGACUUAACCCCCAGUGCCUCUCAAAGAACCAAAAGGAUGCAUUAGCUGAGAUAAUUGAUGUCUUACGAGCUGUAUGUCAUGCACAUAGAUUGCCCCUUGCUUUAACUUGGAUUCCUUGUUACGGCGAAGGAACUUCUAAUGAAGGGGCUGGCGUACGUGUCAAAGAGGGUAAAUCAAGUUCGAGUGAGAAAUGUAUUCUGUGUGUUGAGAAAGCAGCGUGUUAUGUUAAUGACAGAUUGAUGCAAGGUUUUGCACAUGCAUGUGUAGAACACCAUCUUGAAGUAGGGCAAGGUUUAGCUGGAAAAGCACUUCAAUCAAAUCUUCCCUUUUUCUUUCCAGAUGUGAAGACAUACGAUAUAAGUGACUACCCGCUGGUUCACCAUGCACGAAAGUUUGGUUUAAAUGCGGCUGUUGCAAUUAGGCUUAGAAGCACCUAUACAGGUGAUUGUGACUACAUACUGGAGUUCUUUCUUCCGGUUAAUAUGAAGGGAGCUUCAGAACAGCAACUUUUGUUAAACAACCUCUCUAGUACUAUGCAAAGAAUUUGCAAGAGUUUGAGGACAGUUUCAGAUGUAGAAGUUGGAAUUAUCUCUCAUGAUACAUUUCAGGAGGGAUCAGUCCCAAACUUCAUGUCUUUGCCAGGGGAUAGUUCCAAGAUGGCACAAUCAGACAAUGACUUGAAUUCAGCUAAUGAACUUCCCUUGAAGCUGUCUGCGAGAAAAAAUGAGGCUCAUGAAGCAGAUAGUGUCCAUGAACAGACAACGAGGGGAACAAGAAGACAGACAGAGAAAAAGCGAAGUACGGCAGAGAAAAAUGUGAGUUUGAGUGUUCUUCAGCAAUAUUUCUCUGGCAGUCUUAAGGAUGCUGCAAAAAGUAUUGGAGUUUGCCCAACUACACUAAAAAGAAUCUGCAGACAACAUGGGAUCUCAAGAUGGCCAUCUCGUAAGAUAAACAAGGUAAACCGUUCAUUAAAGAAGAUACAGACCGUGCUUGAUUCUGUUCAGGGGGUAGAGGGAGGUUUGAAGUUUGAUCCGACUACUGGGGGACUUGUGGCAGCAGGCUCAAUAAGCCAAGAAUUUGAGUCACAGAAGAUUCCCUUUUUUGUUGAGAAAACUGCAUCUCUGCAAAACUCAGAUCCUACGUUGACUGUCAAAUUGGAAGAGGAUGAGUGUUGUACAGAUGGAAUCAAUUCAAAUUCUUAUAAGAUCAGGAAUCCCAAUAUCAUCACUCCGACUAAUUCUACUAAAGACUCCAAGAUUGCAAUAAAAGCUGGAUCAAAACCAGUUAGUGGAGCUUUUUCUGAAAAGAUUUCCCUUGGUUCUUAUCAUGCAACAGAAGGCAUGACAUCGAGUCACAGCAAGUGCAGUUCAAAAUUUGAGAAUUCUGAUGGACACCAUGUCUCUUGGAUUUCGGGCUCUCUAGCUGUGGGUAAUGAGAUGGAUACAGCAGAGGAUGGAGAAAAUGCCGAGCUUGUUGAACAUAACCAGCCAGCUUCUUCAAGUAUGACAGACUCCUCAAAUGGCCGUGGUUCGAUGUUGCAUGGCAGUUCAUCAAGCUCUCAAAGUUUUGAGGAGCACAAGCAUCCUAAAGGAAAGACGAGUUGUGCUGACAGCUGCUCUAAAAUAAUUGUGAAAGCUACUUACAGAGAAGAUACUGUCCGGUUCAAAUUUGACACUUCUGGAGGGUGUUAUCAACUGUAUGAAGAAGUUGCAAAGAGGUUCAAGUUGCAAACAGGGACCUUCCAGCUCAAGUAUUUAGAUGAUGAAGAGGAAUGGGUGAUGUUAGUAAGUGACAUGGAUUUACAAGAAUGUCUAGAGAUAUUAGAUGAUGUUGGAACCCAAAGUGUGAAGUUUCAAGUUCGCGAUAUGCCUUGCGUUGUGGGAAGUUCUGGUAGCAGCAAUUGUUUCUUGGCAGGAGGGUCAUAAUAGACUGCAAAGUAAAGAAAUCGAAUUUCUUUGUUCUUUUUCGUUUUCUUUUACUUGGGGGACUCCGCACAAAGCUAUGUAGGUUUUACUCCACUAAAGGUGAAGCAAUUCUCAACAAAGGUAAGAGGAGGAGCAUUCUGUAUUUUGAGGAUUAGACUUUUUUCUUCCCGGAAUCUCGUAAUUCAUCAUCAACCAAUCAUAUGAGAUAGACACAUCAAUCUAAUGAGCUUAUGUUGGAAUUGGAAGAAAAUUACCAUUUCGGAAUGAUGGUAUUUAUCUUACCUGAUAAGUUGUUAGAAUUUUUAAGGGUUGAAGUUGAAGAUAUCAUCCAUAUGAAUCUCCAUUCGUUUUGGCAUAUAAAGGUCCUUAUAUGCUGUAAUUAGCUAUAAAAGUAUGCAGUCAUACUCAUAGCAAGAAGAUGGGCAUGCUGCCCCAAGCUAGUCCUGUGCAUAUAUACAUGUAUGAUAAAGAAAAUAAAACUACGUAGCUUGAGCUGUUUAUUUUGCUUGUUUAGUGGUAAUGCAGUGGAGAAGAAAACUGUCAGGUGUUAGCAAAAAUUCAAUGGCUUGUCGAAAUAGUUUAGCAUGAGCUUAAAAUUUGUAAACAUUCAAAUCUUAACAUCCUGCUCGUGUUAAAGAUUUUACUCCUUUUGUUUGUAAAUAUAUUUUGGUACAAAUGCCUAGAGGACAUUCCUCAUAUUAUUUUCUUUGCCCUUCUA